GAGGGAGCCAGCGGCCCUGAGCGCGGAGGAGUGCAGGGGAACCAGCCUUCCCAGAGCCCGAGUCGUGCCGGAGGCUUUGCAGAGGAAGCCAAGGCGUGCGCGUUUAUUGGAAAGAGCGGGACAGUUUUCACGAACGUGGGCACUUGAGUCUGGAGGAGCCCCAAGACGUCCGGAGGAUACUAGGGUUUCUCUGUGAGGCUCGGACCGUCGCGCGGGCACAAACAAACCCGGCAGGGAACCGCUGCGGACCCAGCUGUGCCCGCGGCGUCUGUAGGUGCGGAAGGGAAGACCCCGCGCGAAGCUCGGGGCUGAGCGCUCGGGGCGUGGCCGCGCUGGCGGGACGCCCUGGGCGGGGCUGCGUCAGAGGCGGAGCCAGAGGCAGGCGGAUUCUCCGUGACCGGAACGUGAAAGCUCGCCGCGGCUCGUAGAUCGGACGUCUGCAGUUGCACCGCGGGUCGGAACGCCGAAGGACGCGCGCCCGGAAGCCGCCCGCCAGCGGCUGGAGGAACUAUGGCUGCCGUGGUCCUUGGGCCCGUCGCGCGCGCUCUGCACUCUAGGAGUUGGCACCUGGGGAUCUGGCAGACUCAGAUUAGAGAGACCCACCAGCGAGUUUCUAUGUUUUCCUUUUGGGAACUCAUUCCGAUGAGAGCUGAACCUCUUCGGAAGAAGAAAAAGGUUGACCCCAAAAAAGACCAAGCAGCAAAGGACCGUUUAAAGAAGAAGAUCAGACGCCUGGAGAAAGCGAGCCAGGAGCUAGUUCCCAUAGAAGAUUUCAUCACCCCUGUGAAGUUUUUAGACAAAGCCAGACAUCGGUCCCCGGUAGAGCUCUCUGAAGAGGAAGCUGAGCACCGUGCACUGCUUUUCAAGAAGUGGUCCCAGUACAAGCAGCAAGAGCAUGAAACAGAGCGGGGCACCACCCGGUCCCUGCUGGAGGCCCAGCAGGAGGCGCUGGAGGAGCUGCGCCUCACCUCCCCAGAGCUCCACGCCCAGGCCAUCAAGCGGGACCCCAACUUGCUCCCCUUUGAGAGGGAAGGGCCAUACCACACACCCCCAGUCCCUACCUACCAGCCCCCUGAGGGCAGGUACAACGACAUCACCAAGGUAUACACACAGGUGGAGUUCAAGCGGUGAGCUGCAGAACCUACUGACCUUGAGAGCCUUGAGGACCAGGGCUCAUGCUGGUUUUUCCAGGAAGGCAGCAGGCUGUUAAUAAACUCAACUUUACUCCAGAAA